AUGGAUGCAAGCGGCGCACAACAGCGGAAUGAUAGAAUACUCGCGACGCUGCACGAAAAGCUGAGAGCCGAAAAUGUAGGACCAUUCUCUGCCGCAUGUCAUAAGCUCGCUCGUUGGCUCAAGGAUCCGAGAGCGUACUAUACCUCCGCUCGGCCAAAGAUAGUCGAUCUGCUCGAAACAGCGGCGAACAAUGCACGAAAGCACUCGCUGGACCCAACACCAGCCGGGCAAUCCUCGAAUCGGAUAAAGGCUGCUCAGACUUUAGCGGCGGUCGUUCUCCAGCAUGCCGACCUUUUCGUUGAACCUGAGCUCAAGCACCGCCUGGCACACCUGGUCCGCCCUGAAGCGUUUGCUCAGAAUAUCGUUGCAUCCCCGCCGGUACCAGUGCCCAGCCAGCACAGGCCUCGACCCAACACCGAACCAUCGCAAGCCCAAGCCCAAGCCCAAGCCCACACCCAACCCCAGCCCCAAGCCGCCCCGCCCCAGCGUUUGGUCCCAACGGCAUCCACAAGCAGGGCGGCUCUCACGACCAGCUCUGCUGCUCCUAUGCCCCACCAGGUCCCCGCCGCGUCCUCGUCAUCCCGUCCCGUGUUCGCGGUCAAUGCCACCCUGGCCAUCCGCCAGCAACAGCGGCACGCCAUCCAAGAGCGAAGGUUCAGCCAGCCCACGGACAUCGCUCCGGCUCUCUCUCCGUACCCCUCCCCAUACGUGUACUACGCGUCUCCCCCGGCAUCUGGGAUCUUCCCGCACCAACAUCAACAGCAAGUGACGAUGCCUGCGCCACAACCGCAACGGCAUGUGCACGCAGCAAGGCCGCAUCUGCCCGCGAACGCGAACAUGUAUCCGCACGUGGAUCCAUACGCGCAAACACACGUCCAGUCUCAUCCGGCGCAUCACCCUCAGUCGGGAACUGCAAUGCCUACAACACCCGUUCCCGCAGGGUCUGCAACACCCGUUCCCGCAGUGUCUACAACACCCGUUCCCGCAGUGUCUACAACACCAAUCCAGGCCGCCGCUACAGCACGCGGAAGCCCAGAACAUCCAGAACCACAACUUUCACGGACAAAGCCCGCGAAGCGCGCGCGCACGUUGGAUCAGCUGGCCCGGCUCGACGCCGAGUACUGCCGGACGCAGAAGCAGAGGCCGGCGUCACCGGUCCUCGAUAAUUCGCCGCCUACCCAGUCUCCCGCGUUAGUGAGCUCACCCGCACCAGAGACUCCGCCGCCCUCCAGCCCUCCAGUACCCCGCCAGCUGAGCGCGAGGAAGAGCGCCCGGAUGGGUACGAGGAGGCGUGGGCCACCCAAGGCGUCACGGGAGAGUGCGGGCCCUGCUACGGUCUCUGCGCCUGAGACGCACUUGCUGAGGGAUUGGGCGGCUGUACCCGUGGAGGAGAUGAUUGACUACUCUGGGGGUUUCGUGGCCGCACCUAUGGCUGAGGUCAACUCAGCAGCUACAGCUACCGCGGAUACUGCAGUGAUGGUGGAGGCUGGUGUUAGUCGGGAUAGCCAACCGAAUCGUGUCACUCCUGCACAUGAUAGAAAGGCCAUGGAUGUGGACGCAUACACCGAGAGUGCCCGUGAUGAUGCUGAGGACGCUACAAAACUUACUGGUGACCCUCGCGGUGCCGUACUGCAGUCCGAGAAGGUGGACACCCAUAAGAUGCUGGUCGAACGUGCCGAAGAUACAACGGCUCUGGAUGUUGCUACUGUCAGGGGCUCUGGGGAAACCGAGCCAGCACCCCAGUCCGUUAAGGAAGCACCGUCCCUCGAGGACACUCAACAUGUUGGCGUUACUAAAGCGAUGGUUGAACCUGCUGAAGAUACAACGGCUCCGGAUGCUGCUGCUGCCGGCGGGCCCGGAGGAACCGACCACGCAGCGGAGACGGAUGGUGAAGCACCUGCCCCGUAUCUCGAGGGCGCCGAUAAGAUGUUACUCAAUCAUGUGGAAGAUGCAACCGCUCCGGACGCUGUUGCUGUCGGCAGUACUGAAGGAGCCCCUGCGGCUAACGAAGCACCGUCUCUCGAGGCAAUUCAAGAUGAUGCGGUUGAUAAAAUGGCAGUUGAAUCUCCUGAAGAUACAAUGCCUUCGGGUAUGGCUACAGUCAGCUCUGAAGUCGCAAGGCUCGGAGUGCCGACAGCACAGGCUUCGUCUUGCGAAUACAAUGGUCAAGACAUGGUGACUUCGGGCGAUGCUUCAGCGAACGGCUAUGGGGUCAUUAGUCACGAAACUCGAGCAGCCAGUGAAGCACCGGCUGUCUCUCUGAAACACGUCGAUAAGAUGAUGGUCGAACCUGUCGAAGAUGCAAUGACUUCGGACGUUCCUCUUGUGAGCGACUUUGGGGCAGACCAACAAAAAGUCCAGGUGGCUAACGGGAAACCGGCCGCGUCUCUCGAAAGGGCUGAUCACAUGGUGGUAGAACCUACCGAGAAUCCAAUUACUUCCGAUUCUGCUGCAGUUAGCGCCUUUGGACCAACUACAGAAGCGCCGACUCUCGAGAAUAAUCAGUCUGGUGCCGAUGACGAAAUACUGAUUGUACCUGCCAAUAAUACAAGGACCCGAGACGCUGCUGCAAUCAGUCGUUCCGGCGCGACUGAACACGGAAUUCAGGCAACUACCGAAGUGCCAUCCCUCGAGAUUACUCAAGAUGCCUCUAUAUUAUUAUCAUCUGCAGACACCCCUGGCCAAGGCGAGGCGUCACAAUUGCACGAGAAGGACGUAGACAGUGACACCAGUGCUAUUGGACUUGCCCGCAACGCCGUUUCUGAGCCUCCAGAUGGCUUGGACGCUGGUGAAAUACUGGAAGAACCUAGCAAAGGCGAAAGCGCAACGGUCUUUGUUCCUCGUGCUCCAGCGCUUGAAUUCUCGCAGAUAGGCGGGGAGCCUACCGCCGGGCACACUCAAGUUCCGAUUGUGUGGCAAAGUGACACGCUAACCCAAUGGGUGGCGGCGGACCCUGUGGACCCUGUGGCAAGUACACUUGAGGAGGUAGUCGGUCCCUUAACAUCUGCGGGACACUCUCCUGCCCAUAUUGAGUCGACCCGCGACGUGGUUCUCGAGACUGCAGGUAGCUUGGAUGCUAAUGAGAUGAUGGUAGAGCCCGGCAAAGGCGAAAGCAUCAUAGUCGCCGAUUCUCGUGCGGCCCUGUUUAAGUCGUCGCAAACAGGUGAAAAGCUCACUGUCGACGACACGCAAGUUCCGGUUUUGUGGCAAAGUGAAACAUUAACUCGAUGGGUGGCGGAGCCUGUGGAACCUGUGCCUGAAGAAGAGCCUGGCGUCUCGGCAUUUGCAGACCUCGCGGUUCCUCGUACUGAGUCUGCAGACAACGUUGCUCCCAAGUCUGCAGAUAUCUUGGACGCUGACCAGAUGUUGGUAGAUCCUAGCGAAGGCGAAAGCACCACCGUCGGCGAUUCUCGUGUGGCUCUCGGCGACGCUCAGGAUUCUACUGUGUGGCGGGAUGAAACCCUAACCCAAUGGGUGGCGGCGGAGUCUCUGGCACCUGUGGCACCUAUUCUUGAGGCAGGACCCAGCACACCGCUCACUGAUUCUCAAGUUCACUCCACUACCAUGUCGGCUCUAGCUUCCGCCACUCACGCGCCUAACACAACGGAUGAGAUCUCAGUCGGUAGCAAGAGGCCACGAUCUACCACUCCUGAGGUACAAGACAAAGACGCCGGCAAUGGCGAAUUAACCACCGGAGGGCAGAAUGUGGCCUUUUCGGAUGAGAUCCAUGUCGGCUGUAAGAGGCCACGGUCGUCCACUCCAGAGGUACCGGGCAAGGACGAUAACGAAGCUACUGGAAGAGCAUCUACUGGAGCCGAGAACGGCACCACCUCGGAUGAGGUCCAUAUCGCUAGAAAGAGGCUACGGUCUACCACUCCAGAGCCACAGGCAAAGGACGAUCAUUUAGCCGGAGAGUUACCCACUGGAGCACCGAAUGGUAUCAUCUCGGAUGAGGCGAUGUCCCAGCAAGCAGGGCCAGUGGUAAAUUCAUCUGUCGAUCCCACCAUUACGCAUGACCUGGAGAAUCGGCCUCUGGCCGAGCCGUCGACUACUUCGGGCACGAGCGAGGAUUUGUCGGGGCCAAUAGCACCGCAAGCUCUGGAAGACGAGCGACGCUCCCAACCACCUGCACAGGCGAUAUUGACUGUAUCCGCUCCUACAGCACCUAGUUCUGAUGCUCGUAUCGAAGAGGAAGAACACGAUUUCAUAGAGAAGCCCGAGGGCAUGUCGAGUGUGGCAGCGGAAGCUGGCGAUAUAGCCGUCGCACAGGAAGCCGCCGCUCCCGAAUCGCUGGAUGUGGCAAGUCGGGAAAAGGACGAAGAGGUCAAAGAUCUCCCGCAAACAGGGACAACUGAGGAAGGGGAAAUCACUACACCUCCCGCUGUCCACGAUCCCCUCCCACCUGAGGCAAAGCCUUCACACGUGGUCACCGUGGCUGAAGAUGUAUCAAUGCACACGGACGAUGCCUCAUUGUUACACCCCGACGGUAUUCCCGCCAGCAUUGUUGCAGUUGACCCCGACUCGCAGGUUCCACUUUCUGCCCCAGGGCCCUCAGCUGCAUCUCCUGCGUCGAUCCUGUAUGCUCUGAGUUGCGCGACUGGGACUCGGCAGCAUAUUCUUGACUUCAUCCUGAAACCCGAUGACUAUGCAGCCGUCCAGCGUUGGGCGCACCGCAAGUCCAUGCUGGAUGACAGCUUCACGGACGGCAUUUGCCUCAGCUUGGCGUGCUAUCGCCUUGAAGACCUUGCCUCCGUCUUAAAUGGUGUUGACAGCAUAGGCACAGGAAACUGCAAUAGCCUUCCCAAGGUCGAGUGGCCCAGGACCGGGUGUAUGUGGACAGUCAUCAACGGAGACGAACGUAAGGGGUUAGUAUACCUCGUUCCCCAGUACUCUGCGAAUGAAGACAAGCUUGUCGAUAUCUCCUCGUACCUGAGACAAGGUGAAAAUAUGCUAGAAAUUUCUUAUGAUGGGAAUAUGUCGGAUUAUGCAGUCGUCCUCCAUGCACAUCAUCCCACUCCGUCACAAAUCGGAAAAGAGGAGAAAAGGCGAGAGAAAGACCGGGAAUGGGCUGAGUUCCUCAAAGAAUUGGCACAACCACCUAAACUACGGAAAUUCAACUGGGUCACGGGGGUGUUUGAAGAUGAAUGAUUGCUCUAAUUUAUAACAUACCCAAAUUUAAUGCCUUUCCUUUACGUUUGAAUACCUUGUACAGUUACUCACCAACAUAUAUAACUGCUAUGUAUGUGGCCACAGG